AUGACCAAGUUGGAAACGGGCUGUGAGGAGAUUGAGAAUGAAUGUCAUGCUGAGCUGAGCGAAGAGCGUCGCCAAUAUCCCGCCGCGCGUCAUGGCAUCACUAAACGUGACUCGUUACCGCAAAUAGACGAUAAUGAUCCCUUACGCUGGCCCAAGUCAAAGAAACUGCUGAAUCUUGCUUUGGUUGCCUUUCAUGGCUUCAUGGCAACUUUCAGUGCUUCCGCAAUCAUGUCAGCCUUUGUCGACAUCGCGGCCGAUCUUCACGUUCCUGUCCAGAAAGCCAGCUAUCUGACAUCCUUGUUCAUUGUUAUUCUUGGAGCAGCACCGUUGUUUUGGCGACCACUAUCCCAGGCUUAUGGCAGGCGGCCCAUCUUCCUCAUCUCUUUGGUGGGAAGCAUGCUUGGAAAUGUUGGCUGCGCUGUUACCAAAUCCUAUGGGACCAUGGCCCUUUGUCGUGCCAUUACAGCGUUUUUUAUUAGUCCCGCUGCAUCUAUUGGGAGCGCUGUUGUUUCUGAAAUGUUCUUAAAAGAGGAACGAGCACAAUAUAUGGGUGUUUGGACCGCAAUGGUGACGCUUGGUGUUCCUUUGGCCCCUCUUCUUUUCGGCUUUGUGGUACUGCGUGUUGGGUAUCGCUGGGUUUAUUGGAUUUUGGCGAUUACUAACGGCGUUCAAUUCGUUCUUUACUUAUUAUUCGGGCCUGAGUCUCGCUUUAUUCGAAACGAAAACGCAAGCAAAUCGUUGAUUCAUGCUUCUUGGAAACGACAGUAUCUCACAUUCCAACGAAUCGAUCCGUCUCCUAUUACGAUAUGGGACUUUCUCCACCCACUAACUCUCGCAGCACACUUGCGUGUCGCUCUUCCUGCUAUUUUAUAUUCCAUGGUCUUCCUCUGGGGUAGUGUUAUGACAACGUUCGAGAUUCCACAAAUCUUCCCCGAGCUAUUCCACCUCGACACUCAGCAGGUCGGGCUACAGUUCAUCUCUGUUCUGGUCGGCACAAUUAUUGGUGAACAGUUGGGAGGCACUCUAUCGGACAGGUGGAUGCUGUUAGGACGACAGAAAACUGGAAAACAGCAGCGGCCCGAGUUUCGCCUUUGGCUCUCGUAUAUUGGCCAUUUGCUCACCAUUGCUGGCACCGUCGUUUUCUUUGUUCAAUUGAGUAAGGCACAAACUUGGAACGUCACUCCACUUCUUGGAGCCGGCAUUUCUGCAGGGGGUAACCAAAUUGUUACUACUAUAAUGAUAACUUACGCUGUGGAUUGCUAUCCUCAUGAUGCUGCAGCAGUGGGCGUCUUCAUUCUUCUUGUUCGUCAAACGUGGGGUUUUAUUGGCCCUUUCUGGAUUCCUCAAAUGGUUGAUGUGCUAGGGCUGGCUAUGUCUUCUGUACUAGCAACAGCCAUGAUAGUCGUGGUAUCGAUAAUUCCCACAGUUAUUCUUCAAUUAUUAGGAAAGAACAACAUCGAGGAGUGGUAG